CUGUAUGCUGCCAUCCUGGAGACGGUCGCGCCACUGAAUUAUUUGGAUAACGAUGAAUAUUUAAUUUAAUAAUUAUUUUUUGCGUUCUUUCAGUUGUAGUUUUACAGCCAUGGUGUCUGUACGCGCGUAUGCAAUUUUAAUUAUUCUCGGAGUAUGUGACAGUUUCAAUUUUGACUUGAAUUUCGUUGAUCUCAUCAGCGUCGGUAGUGGCGAGAAGUACUUUGGAUAUUCUCUUUUGCUGCAGAAGGGCGACGUUUCGAGGGUAAUAGUUGGCGCCCCGAACUCAAAUUCAUCUUACGCUGUCCACAACUCAAUAGGGGUACCAGGAGCUCUUUAUAAAUGUGAUAUUGGCACUUCGUCAUCAUGUCAGCAGUACGUGAUUGAAUCGAAAGGCAACACCGAAGUGAAAUCUGGUGACAACCGAUACAAUUUCAAAGAUUUAAAAGACAACGGUCUGAUGGGCGCCGCUGUAGAGGGAGGAGAUAACGUGGACGAUCCUUUAUAUGUAUGUAGCCCCAGAUGGAAAAAUGACAGGAGCGACAGAUACGGGCAGCACUACUUGGCAAACGGAAUUUGCUACGGAAUGACCACCUCCUCCAACAUCACGGCGGAUUGGGAACGCUACAUGCCGUUAUUAAAUGCUGGCAAGCAAGGCUAUACACUUGCAAAGGUCGUGAAGUAUUAUUAUGCAAUGGGUCAGCUCGGUUUUGCCAUGCACUACGUGACGAGGCAACGCAGGUUGCUCCUGGGAGCUCCGGGCGUGUUAGGUUGGAGAGGUUCAAUCGUGCAGGUCGCCUUCCAAGAUACGAGCAACUUGCAGAUUCAACGCAGAGAUACUCACCAGCGUCACAAAAGACAACUCCUGUACAGCUUUAAUGUUCCCAAUCCGGUGUACAUCUCCUCGUUGGAAGAAGACAACUUUUACUUCGGUUAUAGCGUAUCUUCGGGUAGAUUCGUUCGGAAAUACAGCGAUCUCUGGUUUAUUGCCGGAUCGCCCAGAGCUGCAGAUUUGUACGGAAUGGUGUUGUUGUUCGAGUUUCCGCAAUACGAAGACUCAGAUUUGAUUGUUCACAAGAAAUUCAUUGGCGAGCAGUUUGGGUCGUACUUUGGAGGAAGCGUACUUGGUAUAGCUACGUCAGAUCUUGGUGCUCAGAUGGGAAUUUUUGAUUUGUUGGUUGGUGCGCCGACGUAUACCACCGAUACGUGGGACGAGGGUUGCGUUUACUUUUACAAAAAUAAAGGAGAGGGCAAUCUUGAUAGUCCCAGGAAAAUAUAUGGAAGCAAGAAACCUGGUGCGCGAUUUGGAACUGCUAUGUCAGCGAUUGGAGACGUAAAUAAGGACAGCUUUGAAGGUCAGUUUUGCAUUUUAUUCCAUCUGUGA